CUGCCCGCCGCGGUGCCCGCCGCCUGAAGGCUGCCCGGGGGCGCGGGGCCGGCGCCGGCGCGGCGCGGGCGCAGGAGGCGACUCCGGCGCGAUGUCGGUGCCGCUGCUCAAGAUCGGGGUCGUGCUGAGCACCAUGGCCAUGAUCACCAACUGGAUGUCCCAGACGCUGCCCUCGCUCGUGGGCCUCAACACCACGCGGCUCUCGGCCAGCGGCGGCACGCUGGACCGCAGCACCGGCGUGCUGCCCACCAACCCCGAGGAGAGCUGGCAGGUGUACAGCUCCGCCCAGGACAGCGAGGGCAGGUGUAUCUGCACGGUGGUCGCCCCCCAGCAGACCAUGUGCUCGCGGGACGCCCGUACGAAACAGCUGCGGCAGCUGCUGGAGAAGGUGCAAAACAUGUCCCAGUCCAUCGAGGUGCUGGACCGGCGGACCCAGCGGGACCUGCAGUACGUGGAGAAGAUGGAGACCCAGAUGAAGGGCCUGGAGUCCAAGUUCAAGCAGGUGGAGGAGAGCCACAAGCAGCACCUGGCCAGGCAGUUCAAGGCGAUAAAAGCGAAAAUGGAUGAACUUAGGCCUUUGAUCCCCGUGUUGGAAGAAUACAAGGCCGAUGCCAAAUUGGUUUUGCAGUUUAAAGAGGAGGCCCAGAAUCUGACGUCAGUGCUUAACGAGCUGCAAGCGGAGAUUGGCGCCUAUGACUACGAUGACCUGCAGAGCAGAGUGUCCAAUCUCGAGGAGAGGCUCCGUGCGUGCAUGCAAAAGCUAGCCUGCGGCAAGCUGACGGGCAUCAGUGACCCCGUGACCAUCAAGACGUCCGGCUCCAGGUUCGGGUCCUGGAUGACCGACCCUCUGGCCCCAGAGGGCGAUAACAGGGUGUGGUACAUGGACGGCUACCACAACAACCGCUUCGUGCGCGAGUACCGGUCCCUGCAGGACUUCAUGACCACGGACAACUUCACGUCGCACCGGCUGCCGCACCCCUGGUCGGGCACGGGCCAGGUGGUCUACAACGGCUCCAUCUACUUCAACAAGUUCCAGAGCCACAUCGUGAUCCGCUUCGACCUGCGCACCGAGAGCGUCCUCAAGCAGCGCAGCCUGGACUACGCCGGCUACAACAACAUGUACCACUACGCCUGGGGCGGCCACUCGGACAUCGACCUCAUGGCGGACGAGAGCGGGCUCUGGGCCGUCUACGCCACCAACCAGAACGCCGGCAACAUCGUGGUCAGCAAGCUGGACCCCGUGUCGCUGCAGGUGCUGCGCACGUGGAACACGAGCUACCCCAAGCGCAGCGCCGGCGAGGCCUUCAUCAUCUGCGGCACGCUCUACGUCACCAACGGCUACUCGGGCGGCACCAAGGUGCACUACGCCUACCAGACCAACGCCUCCACCUACGAGUACAUCGACAUCCCCUUCCAGAACAAGUACUCGCACAUCUCCAUGCUGGACUACAACCCCAAGGACCGCGCCCUCUACGCCUGGAACAACGGCCACCAGGUCCUCUACAACGUCACCCUCUUCCACGUCAUCCGCUCCGACGAGCUGUAGGCCUCCGCCCGCGGCCCGGCCCGCCCCCCCGCCCGCCCGCCGCGUGGAGAUCCUGCCAGAGCGGCCGCCAAAGUGACGCUCGCGACGCGGGCCACACGGAUGCGGGACGCCCGGCCGCCGCGUGGCGCGGGGCAGCGCGCGGGCACGGCCUCCGCGUUCCUCCGGCUCGGGCCGGAGGGCGACGGAUUUGGGGAGAGACCCCCCCCCCAACUUUGCAGCUGGAACUGCAGCCCAGGGCUCCCCUCGCCCCCCCCCU